AUGGAGGCCAAGGUUUUCAUGGCCUUGGCUCCGUCGGCUGGGCGGCUGGACGAGGCGGCGCUCAAGCGGGUGAACGCGGCGCUGCGCGGUCCCGCAGGUCACUGGAAGAAGUUCGUCUUGACCUUGGCGAGCGAAGGUCAGAGAGUGAGACAGGCACGUUCACGACCUACAUCUAUACGGCGGACCAAGGCCCCGAUCAGAUUGGCCUCAAGAAGAUCGUUCCCGUUGAAAUUAUUCUGGCUGGCAUUUGAGAGGCACAACGUCUACUGCAGCGAGCGCCAAGGUCUCUGUGUUCGUGGUGUCGGGCUGCUCUGGCGAGAUGAUCCAUCUCCUGGGACAUCAGCAGUGGGGCAGCGGAGCUGA